GGGGCGGGUCGCGGGGUCUCGGGAAGGCACCCAGUCCCAUGCUUGGGGCACGUGGGCCCUGCCGCCGAUUGUGGCCACCAGAGGGCGCCCCGCAGCACGGCCAGGCCACCUCCCUGUUCCCAGCCCCGCCCCGUUUCGCUGCCUCGGGCCCCAUUUGCCUCCAGUCCUCGGCUUCCUCCCGCUGUGCGAGCCCACGCAGCUCCCCAGGCGUUGCAGGCGGCAGCAUGGCGGACGUGGAGCAGAGGGAGGGCACCAUCCAGGUGCAGGGCCAGAGCCUCUUCUUCCGGGAGGUGCGGCCGGGCGGAGGGCAGGCCCCCCGGUUCUCGGUGCUGCUGCUGCACGGGAUCCGCUUCUCCUCCGAGACCUGGCAGAACCUGGGCACGCUGCUCAGGCUGGCACAGGCGGGCUACCGGGCGGUGGCCAUCGACCUGCCAGGCCUUGGGCAUUCCAAGGACGCAACAGCCCCUGCCCCUGUCGGGGAGCUGGUCCCCAGCAGCUUCCUGGCCGCUGUGGUGGAUGCCUUGGACCUGGGUCCCCCGGUUGUGAUCAGCCCGUCUCUGAGUGGCAUGUACUCACUGCCCUUCCUCACGGCCCGUGGCUCCCAGCUCCGGGGCUAUGUGCCAGUGGCCCCCAUCUGCACGGAUAAAAUCAGUGCUGCCGACUAUGCCAGAGUGAAGACCUCAGCACUGAUUGUCUAUGGCGACCAGGACCCCAUGGGCCAGACCAGCUUUGAGCACCUGAAGCAGCUGCCCAACCACCGGGUGUUGGUCAUGGAGGGGGCGGGGCACCCGUGUUACCUUGACAAACCUGAGGAGUGGCACGCGGGGCUGCUGGGUUUCCUGCAGGGACUGGCAUGAGGCCUAGCUCUGCUGUCCGGGGGGGGCUGCUUGCCUUUCUGGGGCUCUCUCUCCCUCCCUGCACAUCAGCAGGUGUGUGUGUCUGUGUGUCUGCCUGGGUGCUGGUCUUUCGGAUCUGUCUGUCUGUCUUUUCCUCUUUCUCUUGCAGUGACACACUGAGGAGGUGAAAUCAAGACAAAAAAAUCAGGAAUCAAUGGACGUGAUCUGGUGGAGGGUAACCCAUUAGAUGAGCUUCUGCCGUGGGCUCUCCUGCUCGCUCUCGCUCCCUCCUCUGCUCUGCCCAGCCCACCCCUCCUGCCUCCCACAUCUGCCCAGGCUGCCCCAAAGGGCCCUCACAGCCCUCUCCCACCUCUUAGGCCACGGUACACACAUGCCCGCAUGCAUGCUCACACAUGUCCCCAAAUAUGACCCAACCACACAGGUACAGGCUCCUGCUGGGCUGCACACCCAGGUGCACACAUGCAUGCUUGUCCGCCUACAGAAGCGUCCACAUAGGCAGCGCCCUCCCAUCCAUACAGCACCCCUAUGUCUGGGAAGGUGGGGACCCAGAGCCCAGUCCUUGCAGGAUAUCCUCGGCCAGGCUUAGGGUGUGGCCUGCCGUGAACUCCGCUCCCGAUCAUAACUGCCCCCCAAAGGAGAGGAUCACCCUCUGACCCUCAGAUCUCCCUCUCCCCCCUCCCCGAGGCGCCACACCCUCCCUCCCGGGUUGUUAGGCCUGGGUCUUCUGAGCCCAACCAAGCCCUUUCCUGCUCCCAGGCCGGGGGGCGGGGCGCAGAGUGGAGGUCCGUGAAAUAAAGUGAAGCAAUUAGA